AUGACAUCUACUACAGUUGCAGACUUUGGUCCUAAAACAGAGGCCUCUACUGUUGCAAGGACCUUUUCUUCCUCUAUUAAAGACCGUACGAUCCUCAUUACAGGCAUCAACAAGCUCGGUGUUGGGUAUGCCACAGCUCUAGCCCUAGCCUCACAGUCUCCACGCUCCGUCAUCCUGGCUGGUCGCUCCCCGGCCAAACUCGAGGAAUGUCUAGACGAUAUCCGCGCAAAGUAUCCGGAUGUCACGUUCCGCUCAUUAGUCCUCGAUCUAAGUUCCCAAAACUCAGUGCGAAAAGCAGCCACUGAAGUCCUCGGUUGGAAGGAUAUCCCAGCGAUUGACAUUGUGAUCAACAACGCCGGUAUAAUGAACAUCCCAGAACGCACACUCAAUGAAGACGGGAUCGAGCUACAUUUCGCCACAAAUCAUGUUGGACAUUUUCUAUUCACCAACUUGAUCAUGCCAAACAUCAUUGCUUCUGCAAGAAAUGGACAGACAGGUGCCACACGUAUCAUCAAUGUCAGCAGCAUGGCUACAACAGUCUCCCCUAUUCGCACGAGUGACAUCAACUGGGACAAACCAACAUCUCAACUCCCCGAAAAGGAAAAACCUGCACUUGGGCUAAUGAAAAUGGCAGGGUUGGAUGUAGACGAGGAGAUGUCCUAUAUUCCUAUGGGUGCGUACGGCCAGAGUAAAACCGCGAAUGUUCUCUACUCUGUCGAGUUAAACAAGAGAUUGUAUGAGAAACACGGAAUACUGAGCCUAGCGCUACAUCCAGGCGAAGUACAGACUGAAUUGCAUAGGACCACUGAUCCUGCGUUUCUGGAGCGGACGGCGGAGUUUAGGAAGAAGAUAAGUGCGGAGUGGAAGACUUUGGAGGAAGGUGCCAGUACAACAUUAGUCGCUGCGUUGGAUCCAAAUUUAGGGAACCCUAGCAGUGAUGGAUAUGGGCAAUUCUUGAGUGACUGUCAAAUUGCAAAUAUGGCGCCACCUUAUGCGCUUGACAGGGCUGAGGCGGAUAAAUUAUGGGAGAUAAGUGAGGGCAUGGUGAGGGAGAAAUUCUGCUGGUAG